GCCGCCGCGGGUAAAUCGUAUCCGACUGGGUCGUUAGCAAGCUGCUUAGCUGUCUAACGUUUAGCAUAGAAACUGGUGCAAAUUAAGCCGCAAAACUUAAAAUAUACAUAAUAUAUAUUUUACAAAGUUAAAUGAGUCGUAUUUCCUCCGGGUCUGCAUGGUUUCGUUUGUUUUGCUCAACUACCCACUGCUCGAUCGAUGAACGGAGUUAGCUGGCUAGCACACUUAGCCUAGCCAGCUACAUUUGAAGAACAGCCGGUUAGGACCUGGGCAUCGGAACUGCUGGAUGUUUUUGAGCCAAGCGGAGGGGCUUUUCGCUGCUGGCGGAGAGGAUGGGGGACGUUUAUGACCCGGAACACCCGACAGAGUGUGACAUCACCUUGGAGAGCACACUGCUCUGAACUGGUUUGUUCCGGGCCAGCAGCUCCACCGGGCUGCUCACGCCAGACCCGUCCCUAAAUGGAUACGCUUGUGGAGACGGAGAUCAGGGAAGGAGGUGGAGACACUGUGGUGAAAGAGGAAAGUCUCUCUAAGCCAACCCUGCUCAAGAACCUUCCAACCAAGGGUUUGUUGUCUAGUCGCCUCCUACCCAAGGGAACAAAAUCAAAGGUGAACCUGGAGGAGCAUGGCCGACAGAAAGUCUCUUUCAGCUUCAGCCAGACAAAGAAGCCUCUGCCGAACCUUUUUUUGUCCCAGCUCAGUCCAGAGAAAUCUCCUUGUGAUCUCCAGCUUCCUCUCUUGUCCUCUAAUAAUUCACAGCAGGGUAAACUAGAGCUAAAAGUGGAAAGUAGAAAUGAAUCAACGGGGCUGUCUUUUCCAACACCAGUACCUGAGUCCCCACUGUCAGUCACCUCCCUUCCAAAAUCUAAAUUAGAGUUGGGGAAGAUGCACUUCAAAAAACAACUCCUGAGUGUGUCUGCUAGUUUUGAAAAACCAGUGGAUGAGCCCAAGCCUACCAUCAAACUUGAGGAAGUGUCUUCAUUGCAGGAGACUGUCCUCAAACCUGCAACUAAAAUAACUACCGAAGCUGCAGUUUCUCAGAUCCAACUAACCUUCAAAGACUGCAUCUCUGAGGAACAUGUCAUAGGAGUGUUGGAGGAGAACCUUAACCCUUCUGUUAAGGGUUCUACAGAUAGCUCCCAUAUUGGGACAGAAAUCAAAGAGAAAUUUAGUGGGUUAGAACAGGCUGAUAUUCCAGAACAACAUAAGAGUCAGUCCCAGUCAGAUAGCACCCUUCCUGGUUCUGAGUCUGAUGGUGACUCAGUACGAACGUCUUCCAGUCACAAAUCUGGUGACCCCAGGAGUAUGGCUAAGACAGAUAAUCAAAACAAGGAUGCAAAAAGGAACUUUUCAAGAGUGGAGGAGUCAGAGAAAUUGGAGAAGUCAUCAUCUUAUGCAAAGUCUGAUGAAAGGGUGAAGGAAGAAAGGUGCUCUACGCAUUCAAAGUCAGAUCGUGAGACAAGGUACUCUCGAUCCUCUCGUUCUGACAAAGAGAGGAGAAGGACUAAAAGCCGCUCGCGGUCCAGAUCGAGAGGGUCUCGGACGAGUUCAUCAUACUCUAGAUCUGAAAGGUCAUCAAGAAAUGAAAGACUGUCAAGGUCAGAUAGGUCACAUUACCAUGAUUCAGAGAGGAGAUCAUACAGAAGCCCAUAUCGAGAAAGGAGAUCUUCGCGGUCGCGGUCUGAUCGCAAGUCCCGGGAUAGUUCGGACUCUGAAGAUGAUUAUCGGAGGGCACGAACAGGAAGUAAUCGGUCCUCAAACCAUUCUAGUUCUCACAGGGACUCUAAAUUUUUUUACUCUAAAUCUGAGAAGGAUGUGAAAUGCUCAGAAAUUUCUCGUUCCUCUGAGACAGAGAAAAGAAUACAGUUGCACUCUAGAUCUGAAAGAUGCCCUAGAAAAAUUGAAUUUGAGUCCAUCAGAAAAACUUCACCAGAAUUAGAAUCAGAGUGUAGGAAGUCAAAUGCCCAUUGCAAAUUGGAGUCUAACAUCAAAUCCCCUCUUUCAAAAUCCAAUAUCUGUUCCCAGACCAUAGACAAAAAACCUCACAAAGGUCAUUCUAGUUCUGACUCAGAAGAUGACCAGAAAGAAAAGUCCAAGUUUAUUAAACUCCCCCCCUGCUCAGGACUGAAUGAUUCCCAGCCAGCUAUGUCUGAAAAAGAUUUUAAGGUGUCAUUGUCUAAGCUCAUAGUAACUGAUGCUCAAGUACAGGAUAAAUUGAACAAUACAGAAUUAAUACAAAUGCAGUCCCACUCUAACAAGUAUUGUCCUUCCAGUUUUGAGGAUGGCACACAAUGUCAGUUAAACUGUUUGCCAAGUAAGCAUAUUGACUUAAGUCAAAGUAAAGAUACUGCCAUCCCCAGUAAGGAAAUGCAUCACCUAUCUGUGCCUGACCCAGUCUCUGCUAAUGACUUUGUGGGUCAAGACUGUGAAGAGGCAGACUCUGUUAAUGUAACUGUGAGUAGUGGGGCCACACUGGCACCAACAUACAGCCUGCGCUCCAAGUCCAAACCACAUAAACACAACUCUUCACCCCCACCUAAACUUCUGAUAGUCAAUACAGACUCUGCACAACAGUGCCGAUCGAAUCAAAGCUUAAACAAAAGUAGUUCAGUGGUCUGUGACACCGUGUUGCCUGACAGCUGUGUAUCAUCUGAAACAUUCACGAAUGAGCAGGACAAGGAACAGUUAUGCAAGUAUGGCCAUACUCUUCCAGUGGUCCCAGUUGUAUUGAGAAAAAAUGAAACUGGUGUUCUAAGUGAACCCAGUAGGAAUUCAAGUCCAGCAGUGCUCAGUUGCCAACCUUACUCAAAAGAUAACACUUCACCUGGGCUUUCAGAGGAGUCUAUGAUGUGUGUGGUAUCUUCUGAAAGAUUGUCUAACUUAAGUGGAAUAGAAGUCCUUGAGGGUGCUAAUGUCAGUUCAGAAUCAAAUGCUCAUAUUAAUGAUAGUAUUGAAGUUACAAAUGGCUUCCCUUCAAACAGGCAUGUUCUUCAAGGACAUAACUCAUGUGAAGGUGAGGGUCAUGUGGAAUCUUCUAUCCCAGUUUAUAGGGAGUCUAUAGAAACAAAGCAUUAUGCCACCGCGCAACUAUCCAGUUAUAGCACAUGUGUUUUACCAGACUGCAGUCCCCCUCAGAUUUCACAGAAAGUAUGUAAUCCAGCAGAAAUUUCCAUAAAGGAGUUGUCACUUGGAGAUUUGCAACAGAAAACUAAAUCAGAGGACAUCUGUCAUGGUAGCCUAGAUGAGACUGGUUCACAGUCUUCUGUAGUUCCACCAAAAUUUGAAUCUACCAAGGUUUCUGAGCUCUCAGUUGCAAGUCAGCAAUCUGAACAACUGAAUAUUAAGACUGAACAGCAGAGUGGUACAUUGUUAAAAAAUAAAAUUAACCUGAAGAAGUCCCGCUGGGAUAUUGUAGGACAGGACAAAUCGGAUCAUGAACAUUCUCUCAAAAUGCCUUGUCAUGAAACAAAACCGUCUGUGAAAAAAAUUAUCUCAGUUAAGAAAAUAGAGUUCUCCAAAGACUCUGGCUUGGAACAUGUCAAGAACUUUGGGACUAUAAAAAUGAAUUUGAACAAUGAAACGGUGUUGUCUAAACAACAUUCUGUGGGAAAAAAUCAUGCUAGCCUUGAAGAUAAUUCCCUUAAAUCUCCACAAAACCAGCUUGAUGCGAAGACACAACUGUCUAUGUCUACACAAUCCCAACCAUGUGAUACCAGCAACACAAAUGUGGACAUCUGUUUUGAUCAGAAUUACAAAGAACCUCCAAGGUCUAGCCAUGCUACAUCGCGGUCUGUUGCAAAGGAUUGGACACGAGACAGUAAAACAGGGGGGCACGAUGUCCUUUUAGACAAAUUGGAAAGGAGGAAUACGAGCAUCAAUCAGGAUGUUGGAAGCCACAGUGAUGACAGUGACUCUGAGGAGUCGGAUUCAGAUUCGGAUGACUGUAGCAUUCCUAAGAACAGAUUGCACUCUGUGGUAGUUGUGCCAAAAAAUUCUACCCUUACCCAGCCUCAUGAUUCAAGAGCCACACUUACAUCUUUCUCCAGUCCAACUGGUAGCCCCCAUCAGCUGCCUGCAGACUGGCAGGAACAGGGGUGGAGGGGGUCCAGUAGUAAAGAAUCAAAUCGGGCACAUGAUGCGUAUAGUGAAGUUUCCGGAACCCUCAGCCCUGUGGAAAGGCAGAAAGGAUUUUCUAGCCAGCUUCCUGAAAGCAGUAAGCAUACCCUUCAUGUUUUGUGCACUGAAAGGCCUAUUUUGACGGGCCAACAAAAUGUGACAUACCAGUCUCAGAGUAAUAUGGUUGAUAGCACAAGUCAUGUUGAAGCUUCACACACGUUUGAAGCCCAGCAAUCCAAGGAGCAAAAGUCCAGUACUUACCAGAAUCCAAAGAUAUCAGUACCAUCCAGCUCGGUGGGGUCAUUCCACAGCUUUGAAACCAUGUGGAGGACAUCUGACCCAGGUCAGUCACGGCCCUGUGAUAGGCCCGAUAGCUGGCAUGACAGGAAAAGUAUAUUGAUGCACCAACAACACGGAGAAUUUUCUAGUUCAGAUGACUUAAGCAAUAAGGAUGGCUAUAGGUGGGGAUGGGAUAUUCCACAGCCAGAGCAGCCUAGCAGCACAUUUCAGCAACCAGACAGCAGUUACGGUAUCCAUACUCCCAACCCAAUGCUGGUGGGAAGUCCUGCAUUGGGGCAGAUGGGUCAGCAUAGCAGUGGUUGCUGGAUUCAACCCACUGCUUCACAAGGUUGCAGGCCUGUCUACCUCUCUGUGCCUUCACUGUAUCGUGAGUCUCUUGACGAAAUGCAUCCUGAUUCCUUGACUAAUGACUAUGAAGAAGAAAGUCAGGAAAAUCAUGGCACUGUAACCUUCUGCAACCAUCCUCCUCCUGCAUCCACCUCUUUUGUCCAAGGCCCUGAAAUAAGCAGUAAUUGUAGGGGACUUGGUGGUGUCUUGGACACCCCUAGGGAGGAUAGUCAGAAACCUCACAGAGGCAGAGGUCCGCCCAAAAAGAGACGUCCGGAGUUCGAGUCGGACUCUGAAAAUGAGGCAGAAUCAGAAAAUUCUAUAAAAAGGGAGCGUCUGGCAGAACCUGAUGUCUCAAGGACUUCAAAAGACCCUGUGGACACACCAAACCAGACUGCAGAGGUGGAACGGCCAUCACUUAGUCUUCAAGACUUUCAGGAUCCUGUUCGCUGGAAGGAUAUGGCAAAGCUCAAAAAGAUGCCACCGUAUUUUGAUCUGAUUGAAGAAAAUAUGUACCUGACAGAACGCAAAAAGAACAAGUCACACCGGGACAUCAAGCGGAUGCAAUGUGAGUGUGCUGUGCUGUCGAGGGAGGAGCGAGCUCGAGGUGCGACAGCGUGUGGGGAGGACUGCCUCAACCGCUUACUGAUGAUUGAGUGCUCCUCACGAUGCUUGAAUGGCUCUUACUGCUCAAAUCGACGCUUUCAAAUGAAACAGCAUGCUGACUUUGAAGUCAUCCUGACUGAGAACAAGGGCUGGGGGCUUCGUGCUGCCAAGGACCUGGCACCAAACACCUUUGUGCUGGAGUACUGCGGGGAGGUUUUGGACCACAAGGAAUUCAAAGCUCGCGUGAAAGAGUAUGCCCGCAGCAAGAACAUCCAUUACUACUUCAUGGCCUUGAAGAAUAAUGAGAUCAUCGAUGCUACGCUGAAGGGUAACUGUUCACGCUUUAUGAAUCACAGCUGCGAGCCCAACUGUGAAACCCAGAAGUGGACAGUAAAUGGUCAGCUCAGAGUGGGAUUUUUCACCACGAAGGGAGUCUCAGCUGGCACAGAGCUCACCUUUGACUACCAGUUCCAAAGAUAUGGGAAAGAGGCACAGAAGUGCCUGUGUGGAGCACCCAGCUGUCGGGGCUUCCUGGGUGGAGAGAACCGGGUAAGCAUCCGGGCAGCAGGGGGCAAGAUGAAGAAGGAGCGCUCACGGAAGAAAGAUUCUGUCAGUGCUCUCACUACGGUGGAUGAAGAGUUGGAGGCACUACUGGAGAAUGGGGAGGGUCUCUCUGAUGAGAAAGAAGUUAUUUCUCUCUGCAGGCUCAUGGUGCGAGUAGAGACAAUGGAACAGAAACUCACCUGUCUCAAACUCAUCCAGAACACUCAGAAUCCCGGUUGCUUGAAGCAGUUCCUGGAUCACCACGGACUCUCUCUGCUAUGGAUUUUCAUGGUGGAGCUUUCAGAGGCCAAGGGCAACUCAAGCAACAACAUCAAACUGCAGCUGGAGAUUAUGAGGAGUCUUGAGGUUCUGCCCAUCUCUACUAAAAACAUGCUGGAAGAGAGCAGAGUCCUUCACUUCAUACAACGCUGGGCCCAGAACCAGACGCUGCCUCAGGCUCCUGAGCUGGAUGGGUAUUCCAGUGAGAACACAUCGCGCGCCCAGACUCCUCUUAACACCCCUGAUGGUCCCCCUGCCAAACUAGGGCCAGAGCUGGAUGGAGAGACACCAAAGCGUGCGGUGUACCGCCGCCUCAAGAUCAUCAGCGAGAACAGCUUGGACAGUGCCAUGUCUGAUGCCAGUAAGGCUUCUGAUGGAAAAGAAGAGGAGGAGGAGGAGGAGGAAGAUGAGGAGGAAGACUCUUUACCAGUGGAUGCUGUUGUUAGUAGUCAUACCAAGCCAAGUGCCCAAGUUGAGGAAGAAGUUUCAGCUCCUGGGUUGGAGAAGCAGGAGCCAGCGGAGGUCAAAGAAGAGGCUGUGGAAACGGGUCAGCUGGAUGAGGAGAGGACCAAAGGGCAGAAGGGAGAUGUGGAGCUUGCUCCAGAUGAGGAGAGGAUGGAAAAAGAUGUGGGAGUUGAGGGGGCACCGGGUGUCACAGCACCCUCCGAAUCGGGGCAGCAUUCACAGAAUGAUGAGACUGGGCCUGCUCCAGUGAAGGAGCUCUCCUCACCAGAAGUUCAAGAGGCUGACACUGUGGCUAGCAAGGGCCCUGCUGGUUCAUCUGAAGUUGCUGUGUUAGAGUCUGUAUUGGAGCCUGAUGUUGGGGUGUCUGUGUGUAUUGCAGUGGAAACCACAGUUAAUACCUCAACUGUCAUGGCAGAGACCACAGAGUCAAUUACAACAACACAGGAAAGUGCAGUUGAGGAGUCAGCUGCUUCCACGGUGGAGAAUGUGGGGUCUGUUAUUGCUACUGCAGAAACAACAACCGUGGGAUCUGCUUCAACCACUACAGAGGUACCAGGAUCUGCUGUGCCAACAGCAGAAGCUGCUGCUACUGCCUCUACCACUACCGCAACAGAUCCAGUGGCCGUGGGCACGCCAUCACAGGAUGAAGAGGAGGGCGUGUCGGAUGUGGAGAGCGAAAGGAGCCAGGAGCCACCGAUCCGGGCAGUUGAUAUUAGCGACAUGGCCGCACGCCUGUUGGACAGCUGGAAAGACCUGAAGGAAGUAUACAGGAUCCCUAAGAAGAGCCAGGUGGAGAAGGAGCCUAAAGAGCGCAGUCGAGAACGAGACGGCCCUCAGUCAUCUCGAACCCCAUCAGGCAGCCGCGACCGGGAGAGAGACAGGGAACGGGACCGUGACCGGGAAAGAGAGCGAGACCGAGACCUGGAGAGGACUCCACGCAGCACAGAACGCCGCCGCAGACGAUCUUCCCACUCCCCUCCCUUGUCUGCCUAUGAGAGAAGCAGCCGGCGGAGUGAUGACCGGUACGAGCACCCCAACAGCAGCAAGAAGAAGGUUCGACCAAAAGAGCGCAACAAGUUAACGACAGAGGAGCGGAGGAAACUGUUCGAGCAGGAAGUGGCCCAGAAGGAGGCUCAGAAGCAGCAACAGCAGCAGCAGCAGCAGCAGCUGCAAGCGUUGCCCUAUGAGAUGUUGGGCUACUCUCCAGGGCCACAUGGGUACAUGGGAUACCCUCCAGGGUACCCUAUACAGACAUAUGUGGAUCCCACCAACCCCAACGCUGGCAAAGUUCUGCUACCCACCCCUUCAGUGGAGCCACUUUGUGCAGCAGGGGCCACUGUGCCAUAUGAACAGACACCUCCCCAGCCUCUGAUAUCUGAACUAGGACUGGCCUCGCCCUCCUCGGCCCCUCCCUCCCAGACUGCGCCCACAGCAGGUGUCCCACACAUGGCCACGACCCUUGAGUUGGCUCCAGGAACAGCGCAGUACGUGCAGUCCCGUGCCCCGUCACAGGACAGCGUGACUGUGCUUUCUGCGGCACCCCCUACGGGUGGACCACAGACGCAGACCCAGCAGGGCUAUACUCCCGUGUGGAGUGCAGCUGUGCCGCAACCUCUGACUGUACAAGCGCAACCGGCACAGCCACACACUGCCAUCUACUACCAGGGCCAAGCCUGCCAGGCUGUGUACAGCAUCCCUACUGCCUACCCCCAGGCUGGAACCCCUGUCAUCCAGACCUAUGCUGAGCCUGCAACAGGCUACAUCCAGGGUCAACCAGUCUACACUGCACACCAGCAGGGGGUUGUGCUACAGCAGGCAGGCACUGUCACCACUAUUGUCACCGCACCAACCGUUCAGCAGGACCUUAUAGCCCCUAACAGCCUGAUGGACCUUCCGCCACCCUCCCCGCCCAAACCCAAGACCAUUGUUCUUCCACCCAACUGGAAAGUGGCGAGGGACCCAGAGGGCAAGAUCUACUACUACCACGUUAUCACAAGGCAAACGCAGUGGGACCCCCCAUGCUGGGAAGGAGGCAGCGAUGACGCUAGCGUGGGUCACGAAGCAGAAAUGGACCUCGGGACACCGACAUAUGAUGAAAACCCCUCCAAGUUCUCCACUAAGACAGCAGAGGCAGACACCUCUAGUGAGCUGGCUAAGAAGAGUAAGGAGGUGUUCCGCAAAGAGAUGUCACAGUUCAUUGUGCAAUGCCUGAACCCGUACCGGAAACCGGACUGCAAAUCGGGACGCAUCAGUAACACAGAGGAUUUUAAACACUUAGCCAGAAAGCUGACUCAUGGUGUCAUGAACAAGGAACUGAAGUCUUGCAAGAACCCUGAGGACUUGGAGUGCAAUGAGAAUGUCAAGCACAAGACCAAGGAGUAUAUCAAGAAGUACAUGCAGAAGUUUGGGCCUGUAUACAGACCCAAGGAGGACACCGAGGUGGACUAGAACGUACUCUGGUGCCUGACAGUCUCGGUAAGGGGGAGACACACUCAAUUGCCUUUGGCCUUCUAAACAUUAUGGUGUCAUGUUUGGUCACCAGAACCAGUCACUGCUGCCUCAGGCAUCCUGCGGCGUACGUACACUUGAGAAAAAGAUUGUUCUGUAUACAAUGUAGUUUUUAACUUAAUUUACAGUAACCAUGUCCUACCUGCUGCUUUUUAAAGCUUGUUCUGUCCAUGGGCCAUACAUGGAGACAGGUUGCUAUGGGUGAUGGUCUCUGUGUGUCACUGAUACAGACUUUGACAACCCCCCACCACCACCACAUUCCUCCAUCAGUUUUGCUAGAAUAUUUUUGAAGAAACCAGUGCAGGUGCCCACUUCAGUGUCUCUUUCUGAGGUUCUCUGCUGUCCCACCUGGGCCACAAACACAGUUCCACGGCCUUCCUCCGUGAAUAGGGGUCAUGUUAGCUGUGGGGGGUUUCUCUGUCUUCAUGUGGACAUCUAGGUCCCUGUGUUCAUUUUAUUUUCAGCACAGUUAUAAUCCCGUUAGGGUAUCAAGUGUGUGUUUGGGAUGUUCAGUGUCUGUUCCAUCUCUGUGAAUUAGGUAUAGUUGGUGAUGUACCCAGGUGGAUUUUUCUAUCUUGAGCCCUUUCAGCCUCUUGUCUUGGUCCUGGAGGAGGUGUAUGUAGCAUUGUUAUUUUAACAGUCCAUUGCUUGUGUUGUGUUACAAAGUGACCUGCCCACCCACCCAGAAAGUUGGACGACCAUUAUAGACAGGACUUAGCAGUCCUGUGGAUGUUAUGCUUUCUUCAUCCUCAAGGUAGUCUGCAGUUUUUCCCUGUUUGUAUGAGAUGUGACUGGCAUGGAAACUGUCACUAAGGCUUGGGCUGUUACUCAACUAACUGGCCCUUCUUAUGAACUGCAUUAAACACCUUCACAAAAACACAUGUAUUAUAUUGCUCUAUAUGUGAAUAUAUUGAUUUUUCCAGAAUGUUUAAAUAAGCAAAGACUUUGUAAAAGGACUAUUGUUCUUUGAUUUAAAGUGUAAAUAUGUGUAAUUAAACUUAACCAGGAUAUUGCUUUCUGGAGAGGUCCAGGGCUGGGAUACGGAGCCAGUUGAGAUGGCAGCCUGUGCCAUGUCGCCCUUGUCCCGCCUCCUUGUCCGUCAACUCGCCCUGGGACUCUGCUGAUAAUCACAGCUUUUUAUUAUUUUUAUUUUGAACUUGGUUUCCAGGGGUGUGAGAUGUCAUUUCUCAUUUUGUUCUUUUUUGAGGCCGAUUUCAGAAAUUUUCUAUGUACAAAAGGAGUCUGGCCAUCACUCCCCUGUAAGUACUGUGC